AGGGUUUGAUCCGGUUAAUAAGGAAUUCAAGGUAUUGUUCAUGUCUACUUGUUCCUAUAUAGCUUAUAAUGAUACAGAUCAUUAUAUCUUAACACUGGGAACUGGGGAAUUGAGGUGGAGGGAGAUCAAAUGUCCUUUUACACAUGAGCCUCUUUGGGAAAGGAUAUGCAUCGAUGGUGUUUUGUAUUACUCAGCUCAAGUUGAUUAUGAUGGAGGAAGGUCUAAUGUGAUAGUUUGCUUUGAUGUUAGGUCUGAGAAAUUCAAGUUCAUAGCCGCACAACGGUAUUAUAAUCAUUUGGUAAACUAUAAGGGGAAAUUAGGUGUGAUUAAGUUGGAGUCUGCUUAUAGUUGUGUUGAGUUGAGUAUGUGUGUUCUAGAGGAUGUUGAGAAACAGGAAUGGUCUAAACAUGCCUACACUUUGAGGCCUGCGAGUCGAGUUGUUAAGUUUAGUCGCGAUAGAUCCGUUGUUUGGGUGACUGCUUCAGGUGAAAUUGUUUUGUCGACGGAUUAUGCAUGUUAUCCAUUUUAUGUUAUCUACUUCAAUCCGGAAAGGAACACUCUCCAAUUUGUUGAAAUGCAAGGUGUUGGAGGAGCUAAUUGUGAUUGCCGCCUAUACCCCUUUGUAGACUAUGUAGAGGAUCUUAGUCUCAAUGAUGCAAUGCUACUCAUGCCAAGCCCUUUAGAAUUAGGCCGAAAUAUAGUUCCCGAGAUGCCAAAACCAUGACAACGUCGGCAUACAUCUCCUGACCUCUCCAAGUCUUCUCAAUCUGUGAAGAACAAAGAGCAGAACAAGUAUGGAUUAUCAUCAGCUAACCUGCUCUAUGGCUCAGUUGGCUUAGCUAUUUCAUCUGUUGUUUUAUUUAGUUUGUUUUUCGUUUUCUUUUUAAAGUUCUAUCAUUCUGCUGGCUAAGCUUAGCUAAAUUUGUCACAUAUGGGACAUAAUAUCAAAACGCCUAAUCAAUAGUAUGUUUUAAAGGUACAUGAUAGACUAUCUCUGUUGCAUUGUAGUAUAUCUAAAUUAAACUCCAAAAUUAUUGUAUUC